CGACUUCAAAAACUACUUCCUGUACAGCCAGAACAGAACAGAGUGUGGAGCCAAAACCUCUGCAACCUUUUUCAUUUCCAUGGCUCCCUCCUCCCUCUCCUCCCUCUAUCUCUCUCCCCACCAAGCCAACCCUUUCCCUUCUCUGACCUCCCGACCCACCUUCGCUCGCCUCCCUCCUCGUCUCGAAACCUUAGCCUUCUCUUCUAAACCCUCCACUCAGAGCCAGAACCAGAGCCAGAACGAGACCCAGAACCGAAACCCAAGCCAAGACCAGACCCAGAAGCUCAAUUCGUCUCAGACGGACAAGAAAUCGUUCGCCAUUGCCACUGGGGAGCUCUUCCUCGGCAUCGCUUCUCGGCUGAUCAAGAGCCGCAACAGCAGGAAGGAAGGGAGCGCCGGGUCGGAGACGGGCUUCCUCAGGGACGGUCCGAACGGGGCGAGCGUCAAUGGCGGCGGGAGGAGCGCGGGGUACGACAGUAAGGAGAGGAUUGGCAUCGUGAUUGAGGACGAGAUAGAGCCUGAUGUGAUAUGGGAGCAGAGGAUUAAGGAUGUGGAGGCGGAGCAGAAGAGGAGAGUGGUGACUAGUCCCGGGUUCAGCUUCUCGGCAGCCGGGCUCUUGUUCCCAUACCAUCUUGGGGUCGCGCAAUUCCUCAUCGAGAAGGGCUAUAUCAAGGAAACCACACCAUUGGCUGGUUCAUCAGCUGGCGCCAUAGUAUGUGCAGUGGUUGCUUCUGGAGCCAGCAUGGAAGGGGCUUUGAUGGCUACUAAGGUACUAGCUGAGGAUUGUCGCAGAAGAGGAACUGCUUUUCGGCUCGGGGCUGUUCUUCGUGAUGUGCUUGAUAAGUUCCUUCCUGAAGAUGCUCAUACCAGGUCCAAUGGAAGGGUCCGCAUUGCUGUUACCCAGAUCCUUUGGAGGCCUAGGGGUUUACUGGUGGAUCAGUUUGACUCCAAAGAAGAUCUUAUCAAUGCAGUAUUCACUUCUUCCUUCAUCCCGGGAUAUCUCGCGCCACGACCAGCCACUUUAUUUCGUAAUCGACUAUGCAUUGACGGGGGUCUGACGUUGUUCAUGCCACCUACAUCUGCCGCUCAAACUGUCCGGGUUUGUGCCUUUCCAGCCACUCAACUAGGGUUGCAAGGGAUUGGGAUCAGCCCCGAUUGCAAUCCAGAACAUAGGGCAAGCCCCAGAGAGCUUUUCAACUGGGCGCUCGAACCUGCAGAAGAUGAGAUCCUUGACAGGCUGUUUGAGCUUGGAUACCUUGAUGCUGCAGUCUGGGCUGAGGACAACCCAGUUUCAGAAGUAGUUGAAGAUGAUUUUCCUUUGGUUAAAAAUGGUUCUGCAUAGCACAGCUGACUGACAAGAUGCUUGGACUAAGAUCCUAAUAGAAGAUGCUAAAGAAUCGUGCAGUAUGCCUCACCCCUGCGAACCCAGUUGCAUCAUGCCUGACUGGUGGACAAGAUUAUUUUUCUUUCUUUAAGAGUAAUACCAGAUGCAAAUUGAGGGGGUAAAACAAAAUAGCACAUAAGCUUGUAUAGUAGUGGUAACAUUAAGUUAUCUACACCUUUAUAUGUAGAAGCUAGUAAAUGGGAUAAGAAUAACACAAAAGAAUGUCAGACAACGUAGGUUAUUUUUUCAGGGAAAGCUCAAUUUUUUUAGUCAGAAUUUAAUUGUCCUCUGCA